AAAAAAUUUCAUUUCAAAAAAAAAAAAAAAGCUGAGAAAAAAUUUUCUUAUCCAGUUUAGUUCAUAUUAGUGAGGAGCACUAGUUUCUCAUAUCUUCUUUUCCUCUUUGAGCUUUGAAGAUGCUUUCAAUGGCAGUUCAACCUAACAUCAAUGCCAUUGCUAAACCUUCAACAUACCCAUCUCCUAAACUAUCCUUUAAACCCUUCAACGUUUCCACCUUUGCAAACCCAAAACAUUUUUCUUCUCCUUCAUUUCCUCACUUGAAGAAGAAAGAUUGGAACUUUUCUCUUUCUGCUGCACCUGAAACCAUUUCUGAUGUAUCCCUUGAUGAAGCUUCUGUAGAUAUUGAUGAUGAAUUGCCUGUCAACAAAGAGAAGCUUAAAGUAGUAGUGAAGCCACUGGAUAAACCAAGGCUGGUUUUGAAGUUUAUUUGGAUGGAAAAAAACAUCGGUCUUGCCCUUGAUCAAACCAUACCGGGUCAUGGUACAAUACCUUUAAGCCCAUACUACUUUUGGCCGCGGAAAGACGCAUGGGAAGAGCUGAAAGUGUUGCUUGAGAGUAAGCCUUGGAUUUCUCAGAAACAAAUGAUUAUUCUACUGAAUCAAGCCACUGAUAUCAUCAACUUGUGGCAACAAAGUGGUGGUAAUAUUGCUUAAUGUUCUGAUUUUGGUUGCUUUUCUUAUCUUUAGGAAAAUGUUGUCUCAUGUUGUGUUGGAGUUUUCUCAUUGUUAUCAACUAGACAUUGCUGUUGCUUGAUCGUUACACACAUUUAAUUGAACAAAACAUAGAUAUAUUGUUUUCGGCCUAUCUGUAUGUCUCACAAUGAGACGACCUCAAAACAAGAAGUUCAAAAGCUUAAAAAUUUCUAUUAUGGGCUAUUUAACCCAAGUAUGAUACAUG